CCUACUUUAAAGAUUAACUGUUAUUUUCGGCCACUGUGAAGUACUUUAUCAUUCUUAUCAUGUUGUUGUUAAGCCACUGCCUUUCUUAAUCACUGCAUGUGCAGGAGACAAACAAACGUCGGUCAACAAAGUGUGUUACCCUGUUUGUUAUCAGCUGUUUGGUGGGAUUUACGGCACAGGCAAAUUGUCCGCGGAGUAUUUCCUUACAGUAAGGAUGGGAUACAUCCCGUAGACUCCGGUACUUCCGUGUCCGUCAAAAGAGACGUUAUUUUAAAUGUAAUUAUACUGUGAGAAGUUCCCUUGAAUGCGUCCACUUGUCCCACGCACAGCGCUGAGCGACGACAAACGAAAGCGCACUUCGUACUGGCGUAAACGUGCGAACGAAUUUUACCCCUCGUCAAUGACCGUAAAAUUCGCAGCAUGUGACGACAUUUACGGCCUCUGCGAUGGCACCCUCUACUUGGUGACAUAAUUUCGGAAUGUAAAACUCCUUUUAGGUUUUAGGUUGGAGAGGAGUGAAAACGCCAAUUUCCGUUAUUAGUUUUUUUUAGCCUGGUCGUAAAGCGUUGGGAUUAAAAAAAAAAAAAAAUGCGGUCUGAUUGUGGGCGUGCACCGGAGAUGGACUUGAUAAAUAGCACUAGCGACGCAGAGCGGUUCCAGAUGUUGAGUUGAAGGAACGAGGAAACGCUUAUAGAGAAUCUAAGACCUUAACUUAACUCUGCAGGUCUCAAUGGACUGGGCCCUUGUUGUACUUUUGCAAGUCAUGUUUCAGCCAACUCUCUCAGUCUUGUUCACUGUUGAGGCAGACCAAACCAUGCACAAAUCAGAGUUUGGAGGAGAUGUUGUGAUGGGCUGCAGGUUUAAGCCUGAACUGUUGAAUCCUCAGGAUCACCUGAAGGUGACGUGGCACUGGAUUGCCUCCUCCUCGGAGCGGGAAGUGCACCAGAUGGAUAACAACGUGGAGCACUUGGUGUCCCAGCAUCCGGACUAUCGGGGCCGAGUGAGGCUUCUCGCUGAUGAGCUGAAGAACGGCUGGGCGAAGCUGCAGAUAUCCAGACUCAAAAUCAAUGACUCUGGAAACUACCAGUGUUUGGUGCAGACCAAAAAAGGAGCUGAUUAUAAAAUGAUUACGUUGUCUGUUACAGCACCUUAUAAAGCAGUGACGAAACGCAUUCAGAAGGCUGCAGACGGGGAUGAGGUGCUGCUAACCUGCCAGUCUGAGGGUUAUCCAGAGUCUUCUGUUGUGUGGCAGGAUGGGCGGCUGCAGAGAUUCAGUCCCAAUACCACAGUUGUAUCCACGCCAGACCAGCUGUUUAAAGUCACCAGCGAGAUACGUGUCCCAUCGGCGGAGAAAAACAACUACACGUGUAACUUCACGAGUGAUGGCUACUCUGAAACAUUUCAUAUUCCAGAUGAAAUGGCUAUUCCUCAUGAAAGAAAUGACACUGCCAUUCUCUUAGUGAGCACAGGAGUGAUAAUGGUUGUCAUUAUCAUCGUCGUGCUCGUGUAUCGUCGUCGAAAAGGGUCCACCACUCCCACUACCAUGAAAACUUUGAUUGACGGUCGGGAUAGGUCUGUUUCCGCUACUGACUGCCUACAAGUAAACAUUGAAAAUGAGGAAGAGAUGACUGGGUUUAAAGACGAGGAAAAUCUGGGGGCGCUUGUGAAAACCAGUUAUUCCGACUUCUUCAGCGCGGAUGCGAGACAUCACUCAGAUGCUUUCGGUGUGGAGGAGCUGCUUCAAAGGGUGCAAAAUAACCAGGGCCACCCUGUGAAUCUCCAAGCUUUACUCCCAAAUGCUGGAGAGACGCUUUUUCUUGAGGGACCACCAGGAAGCGGGAAGACAACGGUAGCCUACAUCCUGGUGUCUUCUUGGAUCGAAGGACCCAACCAUGCCCUUUCUAGUUUCCUCGACCUCAGCAUCAUCCAACUUCUCUUAUAUGUAGACUGCAGCAAAGUGAAGGGUGACUUGUUUGGGGAAAUAAAUACCCAACUUUCCCUUAAGGAAAAAAUAUCAACAGAGGAUGAGCUGAGGACCAUGUUAUCCAGGUCCAGUGAGGUUCUGCUGCUCUUGGACGGGUACAGAGAAGGGAACCAAUUUUUUGAUGAGUCCUUACAGAGGUUUCUAAGUGAAAGAAGAGGAUGCAGGGUCCUGGUCACAGCCUGCCCGGGACACUGUCCCAUGCUCAAGGACAAAGUUGGAACAGAACUGGUGCUGGAGCUCACAAAAUGUGAAGGGCACAAAUGUUUGUGACAAAUAGGGACAUUAGCAAUUGUUACAGUUUUACCAAAUAUUUGUAUGAUGUAUAGAAAUGUUUUACAGUGACUGUGAAGUCAGAAUUUGUAGAAGUCCACAUAUGCUGCAAAAUGUGUGAAUUCAGUACAUGUAAUAUAUACUGUUUUUGUAUUCUUUACUUGACAGCCCUGCUUGCCAUUUCAAGGAGAAAUAUUACAUAUAAUAAUUCUAGUACAUUUACAGGGUGAGAAACACAUUGAACUCUUUUUUCAAUAAAACUGAGCACUUAAUGAAGUUGUUUCUGUUUCUGUUUUGUGAAAAAGAAAGUUCAUUUUCACGGCCAUUUGAUAGAAUGCAAGCGAAGCACAGUUUCUGUGCACUCUUAGUGAAAAGGGAACUGACUAUCUGUAUUCCUGUCAAGAGAGCGCUCUGCUUCCAGUAAUGUUUGAUAAAAAUAAACUCUUUUUUAUUAUUAUUGUUUCUGCUGUAACUGUAA